AUGCUGGUCUCUUUCGGUGUCGCAUUCUACCUAGUAUUUCUGCUGUUUUCUCCGGCGCGGGCUCUUCUAGAGGUCUUUGAGGUAUACCAGCCCGUCUCCACAGGCCAUGGCAGCGUUGGAUGCAAUGAAGAGAUCCUCCUAAUGGAUCAUGUCUUCGGCUAUAGCUAUGGUGAACCAUACGUCGGGAUCUACGAGCCACCAAAUUGUACCUUUGACACCGUUCGCAUCAAUUUCACUGUCACCUCCAAGGGCAGACAGUAUGAUCGUCUGGCGCUCAUGUACUUAGGGGACACAGAGGUGUUCCGAACAUCAACUGCAGAACCAACGACCGACGGCAUCAUCUGGACCUAUAUCAAAGACAUGUCUCAAUUCAACGUACUAUGGAAAGAAAAACAGAAAUUGAUCUUUGAUCUUGGAAACAUCAUUACUGAUGUCUACACCGGCUCUUUCAACACCACCCUAACCGCCUACUUCUCAUACGAGGGCAACGUCAGGACCCCAGACGUCAUUCUCCCAAUCUCUGCUCGCAAAUCCGCCCAGAACGCAUCAAGCGACUUUGAGCUUCCAUCCGACAAUGCCACGGUGCAAUAUCAGAUCCCUGCAACAGCAUCCCGUGCAGUCGUAUCCAUUUCUGCAUGUGGACAGUCCGAGGAAGAAUUCUGGUGGUCCAACGUCCUCUCUGCCGACGAGUACACCUUCGACAAUACCAUCGGUGAAUUGUACGGGUACUCUCCAUUCCGUGAAGUCCAGCUCUAUAUCGACGGCGUCCUUGCGGGCGUGGACUGGCCAUUCCCCAUCAUCUUCACCGGCGGUGUCGCGCCAGGAUUCUGGCGUCCUAUCGUAGGAAUCGACGCUUUCGACCUACGCCAACCCGAGAUCGACAUCACACCCUUCCUCCCCUUGCUCAAGGACAACAAGUCCCAUUCGUUCGAGAUCAGAGUUACAGGCCUGAGCGUCGCCGACGACGGAACAGUAACAUUCGCCAACACAGUCAACUCCUACUGGGUAGUCACCGGCACUAUCUUCCUCUACUUGGACUCCUCCUCACCACACAGCACAACCACCGGCCAAGCGCCCGAAAUCUACGCCCCGGCACCCACCCUCACCGUCACGCGGGAUCUCACCCAGAGUUCAAACGGGACCAACGAAACACUAUCAUACUCCGUCACAGCCGAAAGAACAUUCACCGUAAAGUCCUCCGAAUACCAAUGGAGCCAAAACCUCACCUACUCCAACUACGGAUACCUAAACCAACAAGGACUCAGCCAGAAAAACAACCAACAGACCUCCGGCACUAACACCAUUACUCAACUUACCGGGAAUAAAUCUACGAAUGAGGUCAGCUUCCAGUACCCUCUGAUCUGUAACACGACGUACGGACUGCAAGAUGGCCUUUCCAUUAGUGCCUAUAUCCGCAGAGGCCUGGAUAUCGACUCGACCGGUGGUGAUGGGCUCGGGGUCUCGACGUAUACGUUUACCUCGGGGCCGUUGGAUCUACAUACAGAACAAUAUGGAACGGCGUAUUAUUUCGAGCCGGAAGAUGAUGAGAGUUCGGUCUCGUAUGGUGAGACGGUUGAUGUCUGGGGAAGUAAUGCUGGGGGCGUUGAGUAUUCGAGGAAUGUUCGUGCGGUGAAUGGGACGGUUGUUUCGGAUAGUGAGAGCUAG